AUGGUCCUCCGAUUAUUCGUUCCUGAAGGUGAGGGACAACAUCCGCUCACGCGAAAACAACCCAGCGGCCUCGCUGCACAGCCUGACCUAAUCACAUCACCAUGGAGAAGUUCGCUUGGUGCAGCUGGCCUCACUGGCUUCCUUGCGCUUGUCGGCCGCUCACGUCCAGGCAUAUUCCUCCGCUCCGCUGCCUUCUUCAGCGUCGUCGAUCUCUCAUGGACAGCUACUGGAUUGUAUGGACAACGGGAGAUAAACAGAGGUGUAUUUAAAAUGGAAAAUAUCACACCGCAGUCUGGCAAGCUGUUGCAAAGUACAACGCGAUGGACUGCAGAGGAUGCGACGCUGGCUGGCGGAGUAUUGGGUAUUGUGACGGCCCUGAACCCGCGCGCUUUCCCUGGAGCCUAUGGAAUUUCAAGAUUCAUUGGAGCAGCGACUGUCGGAUGCGCACUUGGCUAUAAGACUGGACAAAUUUUCAUAACUCGUAUCGACCCGCGACUUAUGAGUAUCAUUGAAUCAUCUGAAAAGGUGAUCCGGCGAAGGGAAUAUGAGAAGUUGCAGCGUGACAAAGAAGCGAAAGCUUCGCUAUCUUUCGUUGGCAAACUCGCGCUCAAGUAUCACACAUCUCCAUAUCUACAGAUCCUGCGGAAUCCUCUACAGUUUUCUGGGGCAGGAGGGGUGGGUGGUAUGUCUAGCGGACAGCAGCACGCAAAACCAUCGAGCCGAGCAUCUCAGGGGCUAGCGUUGAGCUCAUCGCUGCAAGCAGACACGGCCCAGUUCACCCUCAUCCAAGUAGAGUUCAAAGCAGACGAUCUUACAGGACCAGACCUCGAAGCAGGCUAUCGAGCAUACAAGGACAGUCUUCAGACGCGGGACGAAAGCGCCAUUCAAGAAUGGCGGGAGAAAGUCCUGAGGCAUAAGCAACAAGCAAAAAUAGAAAUAAAUUUCUUGUGGAAGCAUCUUGCGGGUAGAGAGAAGGCCUUUUACCUCCACGUCGAAGAAGACAGGGACAAAGACAUACUUCGACGAGAGCUGCAACUACUCAACAACAUGACUGGGGACAUGAUUGUUAGGUAUGCGAUGCUCGGAUACCACGAAGCAGACGCGGACAAGCAAUUGCGGCAGAAGAGGCGAGCGGAUAAUGUUUCACCUCCCCUCACAGAAUCCGACAUGUUACUGAAGUCAACAGUAGCUGCGCAAUACGACUACCGAGGUCCAAUCAUUGUCACCGAGCAAGUGCGUACCAACUGGACAAGACAAAAGGAGGUCCUAUAUCACCUCGAGCAUAUUUUAUCGCAGUAUGAAGAAAUGCAGCCAGCAGAAGGAUCAGGAGUGUUUGAGCAUCGUAAGCAACUCCGGCAGAAUGCAGAAGAUCUGAAGAGAAACGUCGAGGCUACUGAACGGCUGCUUCAUUGGUUCGAGGUGCAGGUACAACAGGCCGAGGACAAGACCAAGAGAGAAACAUAG